CUCCGUUCAUUUCAGAUACAAAUUCUCUAUCUUUCACGAUUCCUUCCCUCAGAUCUCCCCAGCACAACAGCGCCUUGGGUCUUUAAUUGUAACAAUCAUGGCAAGGCGGACUUCUGACGGCCAAAUUUUAAUCGCCGUCAUCGGCGUCACGGGGGCAGGAAAGACGACGUUCAUCUCCAAGGCCAGCGGCAGAAAUGAUCUCGAGAUCGGACACGACAUCGACUCGUGUACCCGCGACGUGAUACCCGUUACCUUCAACUUGGAUAAGCAGAAGGUGACACUGAUCGACACCCCAGGAUUCGACGAUUCCGACAAGUCAGAUUCCGAUAUCCUCGGGCUCGUCGCCAGCUAUAUGGCCAAGACCUAUGAGAACGGCAUCCUGCUCACGGGAGUUAUUUUUCUCCAGCCCAUCAGUCAGCCGCGGCUGCAGGGCAGCGAGAUGAAGCGGACCAGGGUUUACAAGAAGCUGUUGGGCGAGGAUGCCUACGAGAGAGUUGUCAUCGCAACGACUAUGUGGAGCCACGUCGCAGAGAAGGAGGCCACAUCGCGCCAGAACCAACGCAAGAACCGCCCUGACGUGUGGGGGGACAUGGUGGCCAAGGGGGCCAAGGUCGUUCGUCACGACAACAACCGGCCCUCGGCGUUGGAAAUCGUCCGGAUGCUGUCUAAGUUCACGUCGCCUGUCGAAUUGCAGGUCCAGAAAGAGCUGAUCGAAACCCACGGCAGGAUUGGACUUACUUCCGCCGGAAAGCAACUGGACGCGGACCUGAGCGAGACGAUCAUGAAGCUGAAGGAGGAGAUCAAUGACCUCCGGCAGGAGCGCACAGAGACUGCCAGUGAGAUAAAGGCGCUGAAUAACAAGAUAAUCAAGUACGAGAAAGAGCAGGUCCAAUUGGAGAACUCGACUGCAUGCGGUGAUUGCACGAUUAUGUAGAGGCAACACGGACAGGUUCUACCCGUUGGUCGGCCCUGUGAGGCCUAACAUAUGUGCGCUGGAACGAGGUAGCUGCCUAGAUCUCGGACGGCAUUAGUGUUUGUCUAACGGAAUGUAUGGCUGAAGUUAUAAGCCGAGAUGUGAUAGGCACCAACUAACCUAUACAAAAGAUGGUGUGCUAGCCAAUUGCAGCUUCUUAAAGGGAAAGCGGGCAGGCCGAGACCUCGUAUAGACGGCACCUUCCAGCGGCGACGGUGUGGCUUGUCGGUCUGGAGCUGCAACCUGGAAUACACAGCCCCCUGUGAUGUCUCAGUACUCAUCUGUCUGUGCAUGUACAUGCGAACACAUACCUAGAUAGAGGUGGCCUGAUGCACCGUGCACGCUGCCGGCCC